CGUGCGACAGAGAUGGUAGUCGUCUUAGAGUAGAUCGACGGAGUCAUCUUCAUAGCCUUUAUAAAACGUGAGAGGGAAAGAGGGGACUGACCCGUUAUCUCACUUUGGAUUUCCACUAAUACCACAAGGCAUCAUGUCUCUGGAGGGGACUGUGAGGGCCCAGACUCCACUGCGCAGGGAGCCACUCACUGAAGCCAGCUUCCUGGAGGAUCUCUGCCGUUUUAUGGCGAACAGGGGUACUCCUAUCGAGAGGAUACCACACCUGGGCUUCAAGCGGCUUGAUCUGUUUUUGAUGUUCAAGAUUGUGCAAGAAUUUGGAGGCUUUGAUAGGGUGACAGCGUUUCAGCAAUGGAAGCAGGUGUACAAUGUGCUAGGGGGGAACCCUCAGAGCACCAGCGCGGCCACCUGCACUCGACGACACUACGAAAAGCUACUUUUGCCCUACGAGUGCCACCUUAAACAGGACCAGGACACGGCCAUGACCCCUACCCAACCACAGAAAAGGUCUCACCAUGACAGCUUUCCCCUGGAGGAGAAGGAAGGGCCAAGGGGUAAAAAAUUCAGAGCAGGAAACAGAAUCCUGAACCCUACACUAGCCCAGAGAUCUUGUGACCUUCUUCCGGAGAGAGGAAUAAAGAGCAUGCCGAAGCCUGUGCAACACCAACCAUAUCUGAACAUCAGCCUCCCUGACCUGCCGGCCUGUCUCCCUGUCUCUCCUAAUAUGCCCCCCCGUCCAAACACUCACCCUCAAGUCCACCCCCAGCCUCAUCCUCCACCCUCCACCCAUCCACCCUGCUCAUUCGCCCACCCGGUGGUGAGUGACGGGCUAAAGCAGCAGCUGGUGAAGCCUCAGCAGCUGGAGAAGGAACACCCCACUUCCCCAGGGCGUGAGGAGCCACUGAACCUCAGCCUCAGACAGGGUGGUGUGGAUACUGUCCGUCAGCCGCAAUCCUCCUGUAACUCGCUUGAAAACAACAAUAAGCCCAAGUUCCUAAACAGGGUCUCCUCGCUGUACUCUGAUUGGAGCAUGAUUAAGGAAAAGGAGUGUAUGUUACCAAGAGCUGCAGCAGCAGCUACAGGGGCUGGUCUGACCCAGCCACACACUCGUUCUCCUGGUGUCCAGGAACAGCCUGUCAUUGACCUGACCUCCUCCCGUGACAUAUCUCCAGCCCGGUCAUCAACAACCGAAACUAACCUCGGCUCCUCACCUCCACUGGGCUGCAGCUUAAAGCCUCAGAACCUCAUGGUUAAAGGAAUCCAGGGAAGAAACCUCAAGCCAUCACCCAUAGGAGAAGUGGAGGGGCCUCUCAAGCUAAGCUAUGCCCAUUCCCGAUUGGAUCUCCCCACGGCUUCCACUGGAAAAAUGCAGACCGAGACCCCAGGGGUACCUCUGCAGGGCAGCUUCAAAUUCCUCCAACACAGGCCUGGCACUGUGGAUGUGAAGGCCAACGGGGAUCUUGUGAUGGCUGGGGAAAAGCAGUGGUUUCGACAGGCUGCUGACAAACUCCCCAUGACUCACACCCCUUCUGACCUGAGCUUCCUUCUUCCUAAUCGUGAUGGCAGGAUCACUCUGGGGGAGCCUGCACACUGGAAAAGCGUCAUGAAAAGACAUGGGAGCCUCACCUACCCUGUUGCCCAGGAGCAUCACCUUGGAGGCCACCACUACCUCACCAGCCAGAGCCAUCACCCAGAUUCAUUAGCCAGCAAGCCCUGCAACUCACAGUCUGCACCAAAACACUGCGGUGACACCACCCGUCCCCUGCCAGGUGCUUUCUACGGCAUACCGGACAUCGGUGAUGUCAACCGCCAGCUGUCGCCAUGGUGGAAAGACCCUGAAGCCCAAAGACUGUUCCACAUGGGACGCCUGUACUCUCUGGAGCUUCAAGCAGGCAGGGGCCACCCUGAUGCCCAGCCUACAAGCAGCAUGCAGUUUCCCUCUGCCACGCACAAUCCGGAAGCCCCUCACUGCAGACUGGGGCCAACCGGAGCCUCAGGGCUGCUUAAAGGCAUCCCAGCAGCAGUGACGGGACCCCCCUCAUUCCUCAAGGGCAACCUCCCUUCAUCGCCACUGCUGUCCAUAACCCCUGAGGAAUACACAAGCCUGAGGCGACUUGUCUACAGCUCUCCAUAGGGAGGGCAAAGAAGACAGCGUGCCAGACAGCUGCUGCUGUUGGAGGUUUGUGAACUGCCAUCAGCAGGAAGAGAAAGGGUAGUUUUCACCUCUUGCAAUUUUAAAACGUUGUCCAUCUAUGGAGCUGAAUGUUUGCGUAAACAAAUUAGGUUAAGUACCUUGCUCAAGGAUACAAAACUGGGAAUCAAACCAGGAGGAGCAGGGCUCAUAUCCCAAGGAGCCCUGCUCCUUACCAAUAUCCCGCACAGCUUUUUGUCAGAUGUCUACUUUUUUGAAUGCUUGGACAUUACUGUCUAAAGAAGCAAAGAAACCAUUUUUAUGUUUCACAGCUUUUCGGUGCAGGUCCUUUUAUGAAUGAUUUUUAAAAUCUCAUAUCUGGUUUUGUUUUGUUUGUAUGUUUCAUAUGUAGCAGAAGAUUGGUGUUAUAUAUGUGAUGUAAUAAAGCUAGCAUUAAAAUGGAUGGACUAAACUGUAUGCAGAAAUCAAGAGAUCUUCCACUUCCAGGCUAUUUUAUUUAUGCAUAACUGUAUGAA